AAAGAGAAGCGCGCAUCGCUAAAUGUCGGUAAAAUAAACCCGGCGUAUCGGUGGAAAGAGAAUAUUUGGUGUUGUGCAUACGUCGUUCUCUUUUGUUCAUUUUAAGAGUGAGAAGGAAGGAAGGAAGAAGGAAAGGAGAAUAGGAAGGAAAGGAAAGGGAAGGAAGAAAGACAAGAAAAAAAGAAACAAAAAAAGAAGAAAAAAGAAAUAACGUUUGAUGGACGGUAGAGCGGAAUCUUCGUAGAAAGCCAAGAAGAAUAUUUUUCUUGCAUUCUCGUGUCAGUUUUAAUGACCGAGUCGAGUCGAUCGAUUCAACAAGAGAGUACCGCGCCCCGUGAGAGACAUACAUCUGUCCUUCAUCAUCAUCAUCAUCUCUCUUUCUCUCUCUCUCUCUCUCUCUUUCUUUUUCUCUUUCUCUUUCUCUUUCUCUUUUUUAACCUUCCCCUCUCUCUCUCUCUCUCUCUCACACACACACCACACACACACCAUAUAUAAAUCCUAUCCAAAGCUACCAGUCGGAUCCUAGCCUUUAAAAAGCUUCGUUCGUGUCGUCGUCAUCGUCGAUCGACUCACCGGCGUCGAUCGCUUUAUUUUUUUUCCAUUUUUCUUUUUGUUUUCUACCAUUCGGCAACAAGGCUAAACCGAACUUCUAAAGGAAAAAGAGUAUCAACAACGUGCGUUCGAUCGUGAUAAGUUUCAUUGCGAAUUAUCGAGAAAAAAAAAAUGUCGACAGCUUUGCUAGCCGUCUUCGCCGUAAUCCUUUGCAUUCUCUUCAGAUUGCUCAACGUAAACAGUGCGCCACAAAAGCCACUUCUUAUUUGUCAAGAUCCUAACUUUUUGUCUACUCUAUUGAAAAUCGCACCGGUUAUCACCGAACCAUACAAACCUACAAGACUAUGGGGGUUCAGCGGUCACGUGCAAACGGUGGUCCACAGUAUCAUUGGUCGUGUACGAUGUCCUUGGCCAAUAGGAGAUCGCGUAUACAUUGGUCUAUCCGACGACACAACUCUAACUUAUGAUCUUUAUCAACCAUUGACUAAUGGCCAUGAAGACGAUAUCACGAUAGCUAUCUGUCCGGGCAUUGGCAACACUUCUGAAAGUGUCUACAUCAGGACAUUCGUUCACCUUGUUCAGUGUCACGGUUAUCGAUGCGCCGUACUUAAUCACGUAGGAGCUCUUUCUAGUGUCAAAGUCACAGCGCCAAGGAUAUUCACUUAUGGUCAUACUGACGAUUAUCACAUGAUGCUACAAAAUUUAACCGAACAACAUCCAAAUACGAGAAUUGUUUGCAUAGGAUUUAGUUUAGGCGGUAAUUUAGUCACCAAAUAUCUAGGGGAACGCGGAUUGAAUAAAUUAUCUAAUAUCAUAGGCGGCAUAUCCAUUUGUCAAGGUUACAAUGCGCUCGAAGGUACGAAGUUCUUAUUAAACUGGCAAAACUUCAGACGCUUUUAUCUCUAUGUAAUGACAGAAUCCGUUAAAAAUAUAAUAUUGAAACACAAGCAUGUACUCCUUUCGGAAGAAGUGAAACAAAAAUAUUCCCUCAACGAGCGAGAUAUUAUUUCUGCUGCUACGUUACCCGAACUCGAUGAAGCUUAUACGAGAAGGGUACAUCAAUUUAGGUCCGUGCAAGAAAUGUACAAAUGGUCCAGUUCCAUAAAUUAUCUUGAUAACAUCUAUACACCAAUGGUAUUUAUCAAUUCUGUAGAUGAUCCUAUUGUACCGGAUUCAUUAUUAAAGCCUAUAAGAGAAUAUGCUGCGACUCAUCCAAACACAUUGUACGUUGAAUUGUCACACGGAGGUCAUUUAGGUUUCUACGAAGGUGGCCUUCUUUAUCCAAAUCCUAUAACAUGGCUGGAUCGUACUUUAGUUUCACUCGUAGGAUCACUCACUUUAGCACACGCGGAUAAGGCUUUGAAAACCUCUUAACGACAUUAUAUUCCUGCAUAUAAUAUUAUUAUUAAUAAUAAUAAUAAUAAUAAUAAUAAUAAUAAUAAUAAUAGUAAUAGUAAUAGUAUUAAUAAUAUUAAUAAUAAUUUCUUCGCGCGCGCACGCACGCACACGCGAAUGUACUGUACAACGUCAGUUUGUGCAUUUACGAU